AUGGCGCGCUCACACAUCGCCGUGGCCUUGGGCGCUGCUCUUGUCGCCUCAUUGAUCAUUGCGCAGCUUGUCAUCAACCUAGGAUUCCCUUCGGUCGACUUCUGGCAUGGGAGGCUUGAUAACAUCUACAAUGGAGCGCAGCAGGAUCGCUUCAAUAGUGCGAAGCAGGAUGGCGGCAUGGCCGAUGACCCGUCUUCCUACCUCAUCGGUGUUGGCAAGGCGGAUAUCACUGGUCCUGUCGUCGAGCUCAACAUGAUGGGCUACGCCAACUCGUCGCAAGUUGGCUCCGGACUCCGCCAACGCCUCUACUCCCGCGCCUUCAUCGUCGGCAACCCGACCGAAGCCAGCGAACGAUUCGUAUACCUCGUUCUCGACACCCAGUCUGGAGACUCUGCGAUCCGCAACGGCAUCCUGGAAGGGCUGCAGGCUAUGGGAUCCGAGUACUCUGUUUAUGGGAAGAAUAAUGUAGCCGUGACAGGCACACACAGCCAUGCUGGGCCAGGAGCUUGGUUGAACUACCUCCUUCCCCAGAUCACAAGUCAAGGUUUCGACAAGCAGAGCUAUCGUGCUAUCGUAGACGGAACACUUCUGUCCAUCAAGAGGGCACACGAGGGUCUCACCCUGGGAACUGUUAGUGCUGGGACUGCGAAGAUUGCUGAUGCGAACAUCAACCGCAGUCUGUUCGCCUACCUGGCCAAUCCACAGGCAGAACGCGAUCGCUACACAGAUAACGUGGACAAGACCAUGACACUGCUGAAGUUUACAAGAGCUAGUGAUGGAAAGAGCAUUGGAAUCCUGAACUGGUUCCCUGUUCAUGGCACAAGCUUGCUUGGCAACCAGACGCUCAUUGCUGGAGACAACAAGGGCGUGGCCGCCUACCUGCUGGAGAAAGACAUUGAGGCGAACGCCGACGACUCCAAUGCCGCUGAGGGCUUCGUGGCAGGCUUCUCCCAAGCCAACGUUGGCGACACGACUCCUAAUGUACUAGGCGCCUACUGCGAAGACGGUUCAGGCCAGCAGUGCCGACUCAACGACAGCACCUGUGGAGGAAAGAGUCAGGACUGCCACGGUCGUGGACCAUACUUUGGUCUAAAUGACGGAGGCCACAAGUCAUGCUACGAGAUUGGCAGGCGUCAGGCCCUUGGUGCCAGGAGCAUCUAUGACUUCAACGAAUUCACGCCUAUUUCUGGCAAGGUUCGCUCGUUCCAUACAUUUGUCGACUUCUCCAAUUUUACUUUUACCCUCAGCAAUGGAUCUGUCGUUCACACAUGCCCAGCAGCGAUGGGUAACUCCUUUGCCGCCGGUACAUCCGAUGGACCUGGCGCGUUUGACUUUGUUCAGAACGACCCUGGUGCGCCAUCGAACCCUUUCUGGAACAUCGUUGGUAGUGCUAUCGCACCACCAAGUAAAGAACAGAAGCAAUGUCAGUACCCGAAGCCCGUCUUACUGAAUGUCGGACAAGCCAACACACCGUAUCCUUGGUCUCCAAACAUUGUCGACAUCCAGGUUCUUCGUGUUGGCCAGCUCGUCAUCAUUGUCUCGCCUGGUGAGGCAACAACUAUGUCUGGUCGCCGCUGGCGCGAAGCAGUACAUAAUUAUGUCGUCUCCUCGAACAUUGCCUCCUCUCCUAUUGUCGUGCUAGGCGGACCGGCGAACAGCUACACGCAUUACAUCGCGACAGAGGAGGAGUAUGGUAUCCAGCGCUACGAGGGUGCGUCUACCUUGUAUGGUCAGCACACUCUGAACGCAUACAUCAACUCCACCUUGACAUACCUUCCCUAUCUCGCCGAUGACGCAACAAGCUCUCCCCCACCCGGAUCUUCCCCUCCGGACAACCGCGAGAAGAGUAUCUCCCUCAUCACCGGCGUCGUCUACGAUGGCGCAGGCUUCGGCCGCUCAUUCGGCCAAGUCACUAAAGACGUCCUACCCACCUACGCCCGCGGCGCCACUGUAUCUGCUACCUUUGUCGGCGCCAACCCGCGUAACAACCUCCGUCUCGAAGGCACCUUUGCCUCGAUCGAGAAGCAAAACAGUGACGGUACCUGGGUGCAGGUAAAGAAUGAUGAAGACUGGGAGCUGAUCUACCAAUGGAAGCGCGUCAACGGACUCACAGGAACAAGUGAUGUUACAAUCACAUGGGACACCGGUUUAACAGGACCAGAAGCAGGCACGUACAAGAUCCGGUACUAUGGCGAUGCUAAGAAAGUUGGUGGAACGAUCACAGAGUUUGAAGGUCAGAGCGCGCCAUUCAGACUGACGUAA